GACUUUUCCCUUCCCCGCAAUAAAUUCGACGGACUGUCUUUCUUUCUCACUAGUUUGGAACCUGUUGCCACAGCUCCUCACCUUGUCUUUUUUUUCUCCUCCCUUUUCCUCUUCCUUUCACUCUCUCACUCACACUCUCGCUUGGUCGCUCGCUUUUGCCUUCACCAACCCCCCAUUCCUACGAUCCACCGUUCGAUUCAGCAGGCUGGAUCCGACUCUAUAUAUAUCACGAUUCGGUUAAUAUAAUAUAAUAGUCUCGGAAAUCCUCCGGACCCGACAUCAUGGCCAACCAGCGGGAGCACUACAUCCCCAAGAUGCACAAGAAACCUCCUUUUUCCUUCGAGGUUUCCGACGUGGAGAAGAUUUCGGGAGAAACCCUCCCCCGCCGGAACAUCAGAUGUAAGGACGGCCUCAUCAACCAGCCCGACCCCUCGGUCCGAACCAUCUACGACGUCGUCACCUACGGCGCCAAAAAGUUCGGCAACGCGAGAUGUAUCGGAACCCGGAAGGUCCUCAAGGUGCAUAAGGAGACCAAGGUCGUGAAGAAGGUGGUGGAUGGCGCGGAGAGGGACGUCCCCAAGGAGUGGUCCUACUUCGAACUGAGUCCCUACUCUUUUCUGUCGUUUGUCGAGUUCCAGGCCCAUGUGAGCACCCUUGGUGCCGGGUUGAAGAAGAUGGGGAUGGAGCAGGGUGAUAAGAUCCAUCUCUACGGCGCAACCAGUAUGAACUGGUUCUCCAUGGCACAUGGCGCGUUUACCCGAUCUUGCGCCAUCGUGACCGCCUAUGACACCCUCGGCCUCGAGGGUCUCCAGUGGUCCCUCAAGCAGACGAAAUCGAAAGCCAUCUUCCUCGAUGCGAGCCUAUUGUCGACGCUCAACGAUGCCUUGUCCGAGGCCCCCGCCAUCCAAUACGUCAUCCUCAACAAUGAGUCCGAACCGAGCCAGCCCGAGCUGGACAGGCUCCAGCGCCAAUUCCCCCAUGUCCAGGUCUUCCAGUUCGAUGAAAUCAAGCAGCUAGGCGAGGAGAACCCGGCGGAGCAUGUCCUCCCGGAACCCGAGGAUCUCGCCUGUGUCAUGUACACCUCUGGCACCUCGGGCCCGCCCAAGGGCGUGACCAUCAAGCACAAAGCCGUCGUGGCGGCGAUUGCCGGUGCAACCUCGAUUGUCGGCCCCCACAUCGGCCCCGGGGAUGGGCUCCUCACCUAUCUCCCGCAGGCGCACAUCAUCGAGUUCCUCUUCGAGAACGCGGCUCUGUUCUGGGGCGCGACGAUGGGCUAUGGGUCUCCCCGGACCCUGACCAAGGCCUCGGUCCGCAACUGUGAGGGCGACAUCAUGGAAUUCCGCCCGAGUGUGCUCGUCGGCGUCCCGGCGGUCUGGGAGACGAUCCGCAAGGGCAUCGUAAACCAGGUCAACGGAGGCAGUUUCCUCACCCGCAACCUCUUCUGGGGCGCUCUCUCUCUCAAACAGUUCCUCGUGGGGAAGAACCUUCCGGGCAUCCGGCUCCUGGACAGUCUGGUCUUCGACAAAGUCCGUGCCGCCACGGGAGGGCGGCUGCGCCUGACCAUGUCCGGCGGCGGGCCCCUCGCCAAGGACACCCAGCGGUUCAUCUCCAUGGCCGUCUGCCCCGUCAUCAACGGGUACGGUCUGACCGAAACGUGCGCGAUGGGUGCGCUCUGCGAUCCCCUCGCCCUGACGUUCGACGCCCACGGCGACAUCCCCACCUCAAUCGAGCAGAAGCUGGUGGACUUCCCGGAAGCGGGGUACUUCACCACCAACGACCCGCCCCAGGGCGAGCUCCUCAUCCGCGGAGACCCGGUGACCACGGCGUACUACGACAACGAGGAGGAGACCAAGCUCGCCAUCCGAGAAGGCGGGUGGUUCAUGACCGGCGACAUUGCCGAGUUCGACAAGAACGGACAUGUCCGCAUCAUCGAUCGCAAGAAGAACCUCGUCAAGACGCUCAACGGCGAGUACAUCGCGCUGGAGAAGCUCGAGUCCAUCUACCGGGCAUCGCCGCUGGUCGCCAACAUCUGCGUCUUCGCCGCCGCGGACCAGAGCCGACCGAUCGCUAUCAUCGUCCCGGCGGAGCCUGCCCUGAUGCGACUUGCGAAGGACAAUGAUAUCCCGGGCAAGGGGAUGGAGGACGUGAUCGACAACCCCAAGAUCCGUAGCCUCGUCCUGGCCGAGCUGCAGAAAGCGGGCCGACAGGGCCGUCUGGCGGCGUUUGAAAUCAUCGAAGGUGUUGUUUUGGAUAGGGACGAGUGGACUCCCCAGAACGGUAUGGUGACCGCCGCCCAGAAGGUCCAGCGCAAGAAGAUCUUCCAGAAGAACGAAAAGGCCGUCGAGAAGGCCUACAAGAAGGGUCAAUAGACUCUACCUUAUCAGCCUUUCAUUGGAUAUCAUUUAUUAGCCGCAGGUGGGAUGGCAUGGAUUUCGGAUAGCACAUUACUCAAGCAUUAUUGAUGAAGAUCAUCUACUGUAACGAUAUACUAAUAUUUUCUCUCUUCC